CCCGGCUUUGCCUCCCGCUGCCGCCGCCUCAGCCGCAGCCGCUACCGCUGCCGCUGCUGCCGCUUUCCGCGGCCUGGGCCUCCCGCCGCCAGUAUGCCGCACGCCUUCAAGCCCGGGGACUUGGUGUUCGCCAAGAUGAAGGGCUACCCGCACUGGCCGGCCCGGAUCGAUGACAUUGCUGACGGUGCCGUGAAGCCCCCGCCCAACAAGUACCCCAUCUUCUUCUUUGGUACACACGAAACAGCCUUCCUGGGACCCAAGGACCUGUUCCCCUACGACAAGUGUAAAGACAAGUACGGGAAGCCCAACAAGAGGAAAGGCUUCAAUGAGGGCCUGUGGGAGAUCCAGAACAACCCCCACGCCAGCUACAGCGCGCCUCUACCGGUGAGCUCCUCUGACAGCGAGGCCGCUGAAGCGGAUCGGGCAGGUGGCAGUGAGGAUGAUGAGGACCGGGAAAUCGUGGCCGUCACAGCCGUGACCGCUGCAGCCACCAGUGACAGGAUGGAGAGCGACUCUGACUCUGACAAGAGCAGCGACAACAGCGGCCUCAAGCGGAAGGCUGUGCCCUUGAAGAUGUCGGUCUCAAAACGAACUCGAAAGGCCUCCAGCGACCUGGAUCAAGCCAGCAUGUCUCCAUCUGAGGAGGAGAACUCAGAAAGCUCCUCUGAGUCAGAGAAGACCAGUGACCAGGACUUCACCCCUGAGAAGAAAGCUGUUGUCCGGGCCCCGCGGCGGGGCCCCCUUCCAGGACGGAAGAAAAAGAAGGUGCCGUCUGCAUCAGACUCGGAUUCCAAAGCAGAAUCGGACGCGGCCAAGGCCGAGCCGGUGCCCCCAGUGAGGUCACCGUCGUCGUCCUCCGCCUCCUCCUCCUCUUCCUCCUCGGACUCGGAGGUGUCGGUUAAGAAGCCUCCGCGGGGCCGGAAACCAGCUGAGAAACCUCCGUCCAAGCCCCGCGGGCGGAAACCUAAGCCUGAGCGGCCGCCCACCAGCUCCAGCAGCGACAGCGACAGUGACGAGGUGGACCGCAUCAGCGAGUGGAAGCGCCGGGACGAGGAGCGGCGGCGUGAGCUGGAGGCGCGUCGGCGCCGGGAACAGGAGGAGGAGCUGCGGCGGCUGAGAGAGCAGGAGAAGGAGGAGAAGGAGCGGCGGCGCGAGCGUGAGCGCGGGGAGGCGGCGCCUGGGGGCAGCGCGGGCAGCAGCGGUGACGAGCUCAAGGACGACGACGAGCCGGUCAAGAAGCGUGGCCGCAAGGGCCGGGGUCGGGGCCCGCAGUCGUCCUCCGAUUCGGAGCCUGAGGCCGAGCUGGACAGAGAGGUGAAGAAAUCAGCUAAGAAGCUGCAGCCACAGGGCACAGAGCCUGCGAGGAGACCCAGCCAGAAGGAGAAGAGGGGGCGUUCUGAGGAAAAGCCACGAGCCAGGCCCGUGAAGGUGGAGCGGACCCGGAAGCGGUCAGAAGGGUUUCUGCCAGACCGGAAGGUUGAGAAGAAGAAAGAGCCCUCCGUGGAGGAGAAGCUACAGAAGCUGCACAGUGAGAUCAAGUUCGCCCUGAAGGUUGACAAUCCGGAUGUGAAGAGGUGUCUGAAUGCCUUGGAGGAACUAGGGACCCUGCAGGUGACCUCACAGAUCCUUCAGAAGAACACGGAUGUUGUGGCCACGUUGAAAAAGAUCCGCCGCUACAAGGCUAACAAGGAAGUGAUGGAGAAGGCGGCGGAGGUCUACACCCGGCUCAAGUCUCGGGUCCUGGGACCAAAGAUCGAGGCCAUCCAGAAGGCGACCAAAACCGGGUCAGAGAAGGAGAGGGCCGAGGCGGAGAAGGCCGAGGAAGUGCUGGCCGGAGAGGAGGCCCCCACAGAGAGGGCGGAGGAUGAGGCGAGCACUGACCUCUCAGCUCCCAUGAACGGCGAGGCCGCGUCCCAGAAAGGGGAGAGCGCCGAGGACAAGGAGCCAGAGCAAGUACAGAACUCGGAGGAGGGGCUGGGGGGUGGCUCCUCCGAAGACCUGCUACACAACGACACCGUGAGGGAGGGCCCCGACCUGGAUGGGCCUGGGAAGGAGUGGCUGGACCGAGAGCGGCUGCGGAUGGACUCGGAGUCCUUGGACGAGGAGGAGAGCUGAGCCGGGCAGCCUGCGGCCAGGCCCUGCCGUCCUGAGCAGCUGCCCAUUGGCCAGCCUGGCUCCUUCCUGGUGCCCAGAAAGCAGAGAACUGUUGGGGAGACGCUGUGCUGUUCGUUUGUAUUUGUCCCCCUGGGUUUUUUUUUUUUGCCUAAUUUCUGUGGUUUCCAACCCACAUGAAAUGACUAUAAAGGGUUUUUAUAAUGAAAAAAAAAGUCACUUUUAUUGGCUUGGCUUUCUAAGCAGUGGUCAAGGGCCAGUCCGAGGACAGAGGGUUUUAAAGCACAAGGUCACUGUUAGUUGUGGAUGUGAACUUGGUUCUGAUGGUGCCCAUGGCCCCGCAGGGCUGAUGAGGGGCAGGGAGAUGGGGUGAUCGAGGUCUUUCCCGAAAUACCAGGAGGGGUGCUGCAGGCUGUUGUCCUUGACAUUUGGAGGGCGAAGGCCUGGGGAGCAGGCCUCUCUGUGGACGUGGGCCGAGUGGCAUCUCCAUUCUGAGCUUCUCUAGACCAGGGAAGGGGGUAGUGUGUGUGUGUGUGUGUGUGUGUGUGUGUGUGUGUGUGCUUCUCUAGACCAGGGAAGAGGGUAGUGGGUGAUGUGUGUGUAUGUGUGUGUGUGUGUGUGCAUGUGCGUGUGUGUGUGCGCGCGCGCGUGCUUCUCUAGACCAGGGAAGGGGGUUGUGUGUGUGUGUGUGUGUGUGUGCUUCUCUAGACCAGGGAAGGGGGUAGUGGGUGGUGUGUGUGUGCGUGUCUCUAGACCAGGGAAGGGUGUGGGUGUGGGUGUGGGUGUGGGUGUGGGUGUGUGGGUGUGUGUCUCUAGACUAGGGAAGGGGGUAGUGGGUGGUAUAUGUGUGCGUGCGCUUCUCUAGACCAGGGAAGGGGGUAGUGGGUGGUGUGUGUGUGUGUGUGUGUGUGUG